AUGGAGGCACCUUACUCGAUGCCCCAAGGUCCGAUGCCCGGGCAGCCUGCAUACUAUUUCUACAACCAAGACGUAGAGUCUCAACAGCGUCAGCAAGCGGCGUUCACAUCUCACCCGUCUGAGAUGCCCGCCUUCCAUGCGCCCAUGCCGGUUUUCCAACAGCAGACGCAGCCGCAGCCGCAGCAGCCAAUCUACACUUCUCAUCCGAUGAAUGGCCACCCGCAGAAGAACGCAUUCCAACAGCAGAUGAGCAUGACCCCCAUUGCUUCGCCGCAACCAACGCACCUUAAGCCCACAAUCAUCGUCCAGCAGGAGUCUCCCGCUCUCUUUCCUCUGGACACCAGAUUCGUCAACGCUGACUUCUAUGGGUUCCCCUCCACGCCGCCUCUCUCCUCCUCCGGGAGCACCAUUAGCAGCCCCCCAUCGAGCUGUGGCAUGCUGCAGACUCCCGUCAACGGCUCAUUCUUCCCUGUAGAGAAGGUGGAGGGUGUUAAGGAAGGCUGCGAGGCUGAGGUGCACACGGAGAUUCUGGCCAACUCGGAGUGGGCGCGAUCAGACUCUCCCCCGAUGACGCCAGUCUUUAUCCACCCGCCAUCGGUUACCGCCAGCCAAGCGUCGGAACUCCUAUCCGCUAACGCGUCUUGUCCCUCCCUGUCUCCAUCCCCUUCCCCGGUUUCCGAUUCCUUGAUUUCGUCUCAGCAGCCUGUCAAUCUUCCUGCUGAGCCUUCGAGCUCCGACUUCUGCGAUCCCCGACAGCUGACCGUCGAGCCUGGCGCCUCCACUUCUGCCCCUGCCGAUUUCCCGCCCCUGCCAACGCUGUGCUCUGGGGAUGACGACGAGCACAAGUUGGUCCUUGGAGGCUCGAGCCUGACCCUUACAACCUCAGAGACCUCGCAGGCUCCGUUCUCCAGCAGUGCGGAGGCGACCUUGAGCACCCUGCCGACAUUCGACAGUUUUUCUGAUCUCGAUUCAGACGAAGAGCUGGUCGGCGGUGCUGCCGAUUUCGCCCCGUCCACGUCCAAUACAUUCUACCUGGGAGACAAGAGGCAACGGGUGGGCCCAUAUGUUCUGGAUGAGGACGAGUUCCUGAGCGAGCAGGGCUUUGAGGAUCUGGAUGACGAGGACGCGUUGGCGCGUUCUGGUCUUCCUACUACCAUUUCUCUUUCGGAGCUGCAGCCGGCUGACGACAGUGCGACCGGAGACAUGAGGGUCAAGAAGCGUGCUUCUCGCAAGUCGAUGCAGAAGAAGCCUGUCUCGGAUACGGAUUCGGAUGCUUAUGAUUCCCUGGAGAACCAGCCCCCGGUGAACAGCCGCGGAAACACCACUCAAGACCAAGCAACUGCUCCUCAGGGUAGCACUCAGAGCGACGAGAAGACCGACUCCACUGCUGCGGUCUCUGGCUCGUCGGAUGGUGCAGCUCCCCCGCCAGUGCCUGUCAACCGUCGGGGUCGCAAGCAGUCGUUGACGGACGAUCCUUCGAAGACGUUUGUAUGCUCUCUGUGCUCUCGUCGCUUCCGUCGCCAGGAGCACCUUAAGCGUCAUUACCGCUCCCUCCACACUCAGGACAAGCCAUUCGAAUGCAGUGAAUGUGGCAAGAAGUUCUCGCGCAGUGAUAACCUCGCUCAGCAUGCCCGAACUCACGGUGGUGGCUCGGUUGUGAUGGGUGUGAUUGACACCUCCAACGAUGUCACGCCUUCGACUCAGUCAUAUGAGGAGACUGAUGCGGGUGUUCUCGGCGCGGUACUCUACGAGGCUGCCAACGCGGCUGCCACUCAGUCCACAACAAGCGAGUCUUCGUCCAGUGUCGCCUCGGACUCCUCAAGUUCCGGAGAUCGUCGGCCCCAGAAGAAGCGCAAGCGCGAGGAAUCUGCUUAG